CUUAUUUACCCGUUACCUCGCUUGAGAACUAAUGAAUUGCUUCCGUUCUGUACAAGGCACUUUAUUAACUGUCCAAGCCCUUUUGUUCGGAGAGCUUUGUACAAACAAUAGUCGAAAAACCUCCAGAGUGAUGCGUGUCAAGUUAUGCAAACACGACUCACCAUGUGUUUGUUUUCCGUGUGCCGUAGUAACGAGGAGUAAACAGUUUUUUACAAUUUAGCAGUGGCUUUUAGAACUGGAGGAAUAUAGCUAACCUCAGUUUCUUCCUAAAUUAAGGAAUCUUUUGAUCUAAGCUCGGUUGGAGUGGAAACUUUUCAAGAUUCGUGUUACAGGCGUGUUUUAAUUAAUUGUUAUUUCGCGUAGUUUGGUUUAAAAAAUGUCAUUUGACUUGCCGCAGUUUCAGCAAACUUUUGGGGAACAAGUGCGUGAAAUACGAGAGCCCAGUGAAUGGAUGGAUCUUAAAAGCCGAGUUGAAGAGGAGAAAUUCCGAAAAUUAAGCGCCGACUUGGAAAGAAGACGAGUUCGAAGGUCUGUCUAUUAUGCCGAGGAAGAGAAAAGAGUUCUCAGGGAACUUGACAACUUACAGAGAGACCAAUAUCGAUUUGAGCGCGAAAAACAACUCCGACUGAGGAAUUCAAUCUCGUCCUUGUACGAAAAAGGGCAUCCGGCGAACGGAUCGCCAACAGAAGUUAAUACUCAACUACCAAUGGACCGAAAAGCAUUUGGUGGGUCGGCGUCUCUUGCAUUUGAUCCUGCCGUUGAGAAGAAAUCGCUUUCUGCUAGAAAAGCAAGUAAAGAACAUACUGUGAGUUACAGCGCGACGGGAAAGGUAUCAAAAAAUUACUCAUCGUUCAACAGGUUUCCUUUUAUCGAGGAAGGAGAUGUACAGCAAUUUCACAAGUGCUGCAAGUCUGCUGCGAAGAUCGAGUGUCGGCGAUGGGGAGAGGCUUGGUUUUAUGCUAAAAAUGAGCAAGAGGUAUUUGUGGAUAGCAGAAAACGGUGGACUGCUGUUUUACUGAAAUCCGAAAGAGAAAGAAUGGAAAUUUUAAGUAAAAAAGGUGCGGCAUUGAUGGAUUCUGGAACAGGCGUAAAAACCCACUGUGUCGGUGAUGAAACAAAAAUUUAUGGAGAUACUGGGACGGAAAGCGACACUAAAAAAAGACAAGGAAGUCUACCUCCUAGUUUUGAAGCGAGGAAAGAACAAAGUUAUGACAAGAAUAGAAGCGUAGAAAUCAAGGGAAACAAAACAUUAAACUUUUAUGAAGCUUUUAGUCUUCCACAAGCACACGCGUUCAACACUGGAGAGAGUUCCGUUGACGAGACAACGCGAAACACAGACAAGUCGAUCUCUGAGGAUUGUCAAGAAGUUAACAUCAAUUCGCUGCAACUGAUUGCAGGGGAAAAAGUGGUAAAAUGGGCGAAGAAAAGUCGAAGUGUUUCUUCUGAGGAGAAUAGGAAAAAAUUAAAGGAAACCUCAGUGAUUCCGAUGCCUGCUAUUCACGAACUUGUUACAGAGGGAAAAAAUUCAAUUUCAGGAGAAAGUUCUAAAACCCUUCCCCGACGUAAACGAACCUUCUGUUUUUUGCCAAAGGUAACGAGGGAAACAUGAAGUUUAAACUUCUUGAAAAAGGCGUUUGAUUUUCCCGGCUAUUUUAUUUAUAUUUU